GGCGCGGGGCGGUGCCGGCCAUGGCGGGCGAGCGGGGCCGUCGCUGAGCUGUUGAGCACGGACAGGUGCAUUAAUUCCAGUUUAAACCUCCUGCAGCACUUGAAGCCUGGUGAAACAAUCUGAUGGCAGCUCAGAUGACCAAUGCUCAUCGACGGUUCUUGCAGGUUCUGAUGUCUAAUGGGAUAACAGAAGGAUCAGAGGCCAGAAAAUUACACCAGCACUGCUGUGAAACUGAUAAAGUUUACUAUGCACACGAUAAACUGGACGAUUUCAUCAGCACUAUUAAUAGCCACCUGCAGCCUUUGUUUAUGCAGAUCCGGAAAGGAAUAUCGGAAGAGGAUGGGAGAGCACAUUAUGCUGUAGUGAAUUUGGCAGAAACUGAAGUAACUAAAAUGGCAUCUGACUAUACAGAAAUUGAAUUGGAAUUGUUCAGAAAAACAAUGGACCUAAUAAUUUUAUCAGAAAAUGGCUUUGCCUCAUCUACAGACAUUUUAAAUUUGGCUGACCAACUUAAGACAAAAAAAAUGAAGAAAAAGGAAGCAGAACAAGUGCUGAAAGUUUUUGUGGAGGAUAAGUGGCUCUCUGAGAAAAAUGGAGAAUAUACUCUGCACACUCGUUGCAUAAUUGAGAUGGAACAGUACAUUCUCAGCAACUACCAGGAUGUAGCAAGGAAAUGUAACCUCUGUCACAGCCUCGCCAUCCAGAGCCAAGUAUGUGAAUCCUGUGGAAUUGGAAUGCAUUUACCUUGUGUCAGAAAGUACUUCAGAGGCCAGACUGAACCCCGCUGUCCCAAGUGUAAUGAAUUCUGGUCUUGUGACACCCCAGGUGUGAAUCGGAUGGGCUCCCAGACUUACCACAGAGCUCCACUCUUGGCCCUAGGUGCUGCCAGUAAAACUUGAUGUCAGUGACAUCUGUUUGCCCCCACUCUGGUGGAACAGCCAGACUGUAUUGUAUUCAUUAGUGCUCAGUGUACUGAUUUUCUAAAGUUCUAAGAAACUUAAAAUAAAAACAUAAUUGAUGUUCCUGUUCACAGUAA